AUGGUCUCGUUCUCCUCUGCCAUGGCCAUCAUCUUCAUUGGCUGCAGCAUCAACACCUUCAUCAAUAUACACACAGCAGAUAUACAACUUCCACAUCAUCACACCAUGGAACCAACACCAAGUGACUCCUCACCAGCUCAGUCCUCCUCGCCAGCUCAGUCCUCCUCACCAGCUCCCCGAAGCUCCUCUGUCGAAUCCAUAAGCUUCUGGGGAACCACUACCAUCCGACGUGAGGACCACCUCAAAUGGAUAUGCCGGUCCACGUCAUGCAAUACCGCCAACUGUAUUGCCACCGAUCCCGAGGAUAAUAGUUCCCUUCCGUCUCGGAGAUUAUUCAGUGCACCUGGGCCUUCGGGGGCCACUGAUGCAGUUGGAACAAAUGGGGAUGCGGGGACGAUGAGCACCGACGAUGGGUCUGAAGCUAGUCAUAUGGAAAGGGGGUUUGAGGAUGGGCAGAGUCCAGAUCGGGAUGAUGAGAAUUCUGAGUAUCUGGAAGAAGAGUCGAACUCGGAAGAUCCUGAGAGUUCAGACAGAUAG